AUUCCUGGGCGCUGUGGCCGAGUCGAGGCUCCUGCGAGAGAAGUCGAGGUGUGUCGGCCCAGUCCUUUCUCCACUGCUUCACACUGGCCGGUGCUGCCUUCAACUUGCAGGUGGUCACCCCUGGGGGGAAGGCCAUGGACUUUGUGGAUGUGACUGAGAGCAAUGCACGCUGGAUUCAAGACUUCCGCCUCAAGGCCUACGCUAGCCCUGCCAAGUUGGAGUCUAUCGAUGGUGCCCGCUACCACGCCCUCCUGAUCCCCAGCUGUCCUGGUGCCCUGGUUGACCUGGCCAACAGUGGGUCCCUGGCCCGCAUCCUGCAGCACUUCCAGUCUGAGAGCAAGCCUAUCUGUGCUAUUGGCCAUGGUGUCGCCGCUCUGUGCUGUGCCACCAGCGAGGAUAGGUCCUGGAUGUUCCACAGCUAUAGCCUGACAGGGCCCUCUGUAUACGAGCUCAUCAGGGCCCCUGGCUUCGCCCAGCUGCCACUGGUCGUGGAGGACUUCGUGAAGGACUCAGGUGCUGGCUUCAGUGCCAGCAAGCCUGAUGCUGUGCACGUUGUGCUGGACCGCCACCUGGUCACCGGGCAGAAUGCCAACUCCACUGUUGCUGCUGUGCAGAACCUGCUGUUCCUCUGUGGCAGUCGGAAAUAAGUCUGCCAGCAGACGCUGUCCCCAUGAUGUGGCCCAGGUGUCCUCAGAGGCAGCUGGACUCCCUCUGGCUCCAAGGACCCCACUGUUCCCCACCUGAUGAAGGGCCCUCAAGGGGGUCAUGUCCUGGACUUGCCUCCGAGAAUUGGCCUGCGAGCUGUCAGCCCUCUGCAGAGGCUACACCUCCCUGGCCUGUUGGUCCCCAAUAUGGUCUCCUCAGGUGACACAGGGAUGGCCCGAGUGCUGAAAACCGAGUUUUGCAUUUCUGGAGAAUUGGUUGGUGUGUGGAGCAGAAUUGGCUAUGGGCUUCCUAGGAUGGCCCCACCCUUUAGCCAUUGCCCUGUGGGAGGCUCAGGGCAUUUUCCCCUGGCCAAGGUGAACAGGGUUUGUUCAUGCCACAGCCUCACAUACUUGCUGAAGGAGGAGGGUCCCUUGCUGAGGCUGGGAUGGUGCUGCGGUCCUCAGUGGACACAGUAUGUCACCGAGGACCACGUGGCAUGAAGAGGACCACACGGUGAUACUCUUCAGAGCCAUUCCUAUGAUGGCCAGAGCCAGACUCCAACUGCAGAUGCAGCCGUGGGUGGCUUGGGCUCUGCUGAGACGGGGAGGCUGUGAGGCCUGGCUCCCCAGGCCCUGCAAAGGCCUUGGCUGGGACUGCGGCUGCAGCGGCCGCCCUCCUAGAAGCAGUGCAUGUGCUUUCCGUCCUGCUGGGCACCCAGCCUGACCCCAAUGAGCAGCCUGCUGGCUAAGUCAGGCUCCUCCCCUGCAGCUCAGCCUAGUGGGGCUGUCCCUUUCCUUCUGAUCGGGUCCUCCUCUCAGUGUGACUGGCCUCCUAUGGUACCCUGGCUGUCCCCAAGCACCAGGAUGGCUUCUCAUGACAGAAGUGUGGGUGGGAGGCCCCUUGGUUCUACAGCUUCAGUGAGGAAUUCAGUACACAGUGUAGGCAGAUAGCAAGGCAGCCCCACCCCAGGGCUACUCCCUUCACCCCGCAGUGUCCGUGGCUACUUCUGUCCAGAGCGAGCUCGCAGAGGCUGCUGUAGGCCUUGUGCUCCCCAAUCCACUCCUAAUGUCGUGUAUGUCUUGAUGGAACUUUUCAGAACCAAGUCAUGCUCUGUCUUAGUCCAUUCAGGCAGUUGUAACAAAGCACAGACUAGGUGGUUUGUUUGGUUGUUUGUUUUUUUGAGACAGGGUCUCACUAUGUAGUUAAGACUGACCUGGA